UCUGCAACAAGUGUCGCGUGGGCGUGUCCACCCUGGACUGGAAGUGCACCGUCUGCCACGCCUACAGAUAGGAGGCAUGAAGGUUAAGAUCAGGUCCGGGGAGUGGUUUUUGGAAGAAAGGGCCAAGAAAUUUCCACCUGACUCGGAAAGGCAUGAGACUGUUGGGGAGAAGUUACUAAAGUUUUACCAGAGGUUGAGUCAUAUAACAGUCGUUCCGCCAACCGCUCCACCCUAUUACGAUGGUCCAUCCUUCAGCAGAUCAGGGGGACUGAACAAUUCCUUUAAAAAACCAUUCACCAAGUUUAUGGAGGACCUGAUGGUUUCCCUCACAAGCCACAUGAGAAGGUUCUCCAGGUCGCAACAGGAUGUACGAGUGGAACAGGAUCUUCUUACAGUGAACAACAGGGGACAGAGCACUGUCUGGAAAAGCCUCUCUGACACAAACAUCAACAAAUACAACAAUCUUACCAAAGGCCCCAGUCUUACCAACCUGUUCAAGAAGAGCCGGAAUGAUGACCAGAGCAGUUCCUCGUCAGGGGCGGAUGAGGACCUUUCUCUGGGUUCAGAGUACUCAUGGGGAAAGAGGGGCAGUAGUGCUAGUAGCACUGGUACAGACUGUGGUCUAUUGGAGAUCAACAGAGUGACAGGGGAACUAAAGCUCGCCAUCGCCUUCAACCACAUCACUUCCUGCCUGGAGAUCACAAUAAACGGCUGCAGAAACCUGGCGAAUGGAGAUAUCAAGAGGAAGAAGUGUCACCCGUACGUCAAAGUCUACCUACUGCCGGAGAAGUCUCAGAGCAGCAAACUGAAGACAACUAUCAAGAGGAACACAACGGAUCCCAUUUAUAAUGAAAUUUUACAGUGCCAGAUGGAGAGCCCCUUGUUGUCUAGGAGUACUCUGCAGGUGUCUGUGUGGCACUCUGCGACCCUGAAGAAGAAGGUGUUUCUGGGAGAGGUCCUCGUCCCGCUGGAGGGCUGUAUAUUUAAGGACAGCACCACCCAGGGCUCCAACUGGUACCCCCUGUGUCCAAAGCCUGAGAGUCCAGAAGGGAAUGCAGUAGAGCAGGAUACAGCAGGAGAACUGCUGGUCAGAAUGAAGUUCACCUCCUUGUCCCAGCCGUCCUGGGUUUGCCACACAGAUGCGGUUCAUAUUGGACCACAUGAUGUUGAUCAACUGACUGUUCUUGUCACUGGUGCCAAAAAUCUGCCCACUAAAGCAAACAACAGUCAGAACACCUAUGUGAAAGGGUGCUUGACUCUUCCCGGGCCCAGAGAGCUGGUCCAGAGGACCCCUGUCCUGAAGAAGCCCAGUCCGGUGUGGUCUCACCAGCUGCUCUUCAGCAGAGUCACGCCCUAUGACCUCCAGAUCUGCACUCUGGAGCUUGACCUCUGGGACCACGCCCCCUUUACCUUCUCAGACCGCCUCCUGGGCUGGGGCAGAAUGGAAGCCGGGUCAUCAUGGCAACUGGUGCUGCAGACACCCAACAUGUGGCAUGACUUCAGUUUACCCAUGCAAGCCAACAUCAACAGCAGGAGAACAUGAUGUCAGAGUCAACAGGGAAAAAAAGCAACUGGACUGGACACGGUCUCCCCACAAGAAAAACCUUGGCACUUUAAGGGCUCUAUUCAAUCCGUACCGCAGAAAUUCAGCGUAAUUUAAAGGCAAUGCUCCCACAUUAGCGGAGUCUGCAUUUAUGUCGGCUCAAUAUGAAAUGACUUUUACAUUUCUGCAAUACAGACUGAAUAGAGCCCCUACUCUACCUUUACCUCUAUUUGCACUGACUGUCAGGCCCUUGCUUAGUGAAAGUCCCUCCUAUUAACUAUUUAUGUUCAAUUGAUGAACUUUUAUGUAUUAAAAGGAUGUUCUACUCAAAAGGAAACCUAUUGUUCUUUAUUACUGUUUUUAAAGGGACGUUCCACUCAAAUACAACCCAACAUGAUUUUUCCACUUUCCUUGGAAAAUGGCCUACAACUGAGGUGUUCAAGUGGAAAAUCAUGUUAAGUUGUAUUUUGAGGGGAAUAUUCCUUGUGCUUUAAGCAUGCUCACCUGAUAACAUCGAAUGAAUGAAAGUCAUUAAACGUCUGAGAAAGUGACUGUCUACAACAUGUGGUUCUCAUUCUUUCUUAGUUUCUUCUUGUCCUUUCUAUUCAUGAGUUUCUGUAACCUGUAGUUAACCCCUAGCUAACGUUUCUCCCUCAAGUCAGAAGAUCAAAAAGUGAAAACACAGUAUGAAGCUGUAAUCAUAGAUCUUUAUUGCCAAUAUGCUAAACACCUCAUUAUAAAAUCCAGUUGAAAUAAAGAACAGUGGGCCAGCAGCAGCACUGUGUGUUUUGGUUAUAGUGUCAGUAAUAACCGAGUCUAGCACACAUCCACAGAGAGGGAACGGUGAGACUGUAUUCCCGGUAAACGCUGCAUUUGUCGGCUCAAUCGGAAAUGACCUUUACAUUUCUAAAACGCAAUCUGUAACGCUUCAGUGAUGCAGACUGAAUAGAGUCCUAAGUGUUUUUGUAUAAGCAUUUUUCUCCUGGAGAAGAUGCACGUAUGCCUUGGAAAUGCUGCUAGCUACCGUGAACUGCAUGGCAAAAUGCUGCUAGCUACCGUGAACUGCAUGGCAAAAUGCUGCUAGCUACCGUGAACUGCAUGGCAAAAUGCUGCUAGCUACCGUGAACUGCAUGGCAAAAUGCUGCUAGCUACCGUGAACUGCAUGGUCUCCUUAUGUUGAUUUGAUGACAUAGUGGAAUAUGUUCUAAAGUAAAAAAGAAAGUUAUAAUUUACAAAUCUAAAAGAAAACCUUAUGGAACACAAAACUAUCAUUAUUUUGGUUGAUAUAGAACCUGAUACAUUUUAAAUGUUCUUGUGAUCAUUAGUAGAAUAGCAGAAAUAUACAAACCAAGAGGAAAUAACCCUUUUUUUAAAUGAACCAUUUAUCAUAUAAAUAUUAAACUAUUCAUGAUUUCCCAGAUACUGUAGAGCAAUAUUAAACAUGAAUGAAAGUGUUCAAAUAUUAUGGAAAAACACAAUGAAACAGAACAUAGUACACUUUUCUGCAAGUAAGAGUAUGAAGUUAAUAUACUGUAUGUUCCCCUUUCUGAGUGGU